AUGCGCACCACUCUCUUCGCUAUCUUGACGUUAACGAGCUUAAGCGGCGGUAUACCACUGCAAGACAACUUCGAGCGUCUCCCGGGCGUCUUUCCUCGCCAGACGAAUAUAACAUGUCCAGCAACGCCAAACCCAAUGCCAAAAGCGGCGGCCUAUCCAUCCAUCAAGACCAUGCCAGACCCCUUUCUGUACCUUGAUGGCAAAACUCGCGUUCAAAGCAAGGAUGAGUGGCUACAAUGCCGCCAACCCGAGAUUCUUAAGCUCCUCCAGGAAUACCAAUACGGUUACUAUCCGGAUCACGCGCAAGAGACUGUCUCAGCAACGCGGAGUGGCAAUACCUUGACUGUCACCGUCGUUAACGGCGGAAAGACUGCUAGUAUCGCAGCUUCGUUGAACUUACCAAGCGGAAGCGGGCCCUUUCCCGUGGUCAUAUCGAUUGGCGGCAUGGACACGAAGAGUUAUACUAAUGCUGGCAUUGCAGUAGUGACGUUCGAUUAUACCAAAGUUGCAGCAGAUAGCAACAGCAAGAGUGGUUCAUUUUGGACACUGUAUAACGGCAGGGACAUCGGGGUUCUGACUGCAUGGGCAUGGGGCUUCCACCGUGUCCUUGACGGCAUCGAACUCAAAGUUCCAGAGAUUGACGCCACCAAGUCGGGAGUUACGGGCUGUUCCCGUCUAGGCAAGGCUGCCUUGGCUGCUGGGCUGUUUGACAAACGUAUUGCUGUUACCAUGCCAAUGUGUUCUGGUGUCCAAGGUGCUGGACCUUACCGAUAUAGUUUAAGUGGACAAGGGGAGAACUUGGAAAACGCUAAGUCCGGAGCUGGAUGGUGGACUUCCUCUGGCAUCUCUCAAUUUGUUGGCAAAUCCUCCCAACUACCCUACGACGCCCACACCAUCGUCGCCGCCAUCGCUCCACGCGCAGUAAUCCUUUCUCAAAACGCCAACGAUCAGUUCACCGACUCUAAAGGAACAGCCCAAGUCACAUUCCCCGCGGCCAAGGUCGUGUACAACUGGUUAGGUGUAGGCGAGAAGCUGGGUAUGAGUAUACCAUCUGGUGGGCACUGCGAUAUGAGCGGGUAUGCAGAUAUCUUGCCUUUUGUACAAAAGGUACUACAAGGGAAGAGCACGACAAGGAACUAUGAUGAUCUGAAAACGUGGAAGGCUAUGCCGGAGGCUUACCCUUGGGGAAGUGACGUUCCGAAGCAAACGUGA